GUCUCUCCUGGGGACCCGAGCACUCCGGGAUGGCACCCCCUCAUUCUCUCUAGUCUCACAAAGGAAAAAACCUGCAGUUAAAAGGAGUACACUAAUCCUCUGUCCACAUGAAUAGAUCUCACGACAUAACAUCCAGUGAAAAAAGCAAAUUUCAGAAUAAGUGCUGAAUAAUGCCAUUUAUAUGAAUUUAAAAGCUAUACUUUGUCAUUUAUACACAUGAAGUAGUGAGAGAAAGCAGAUCUGUGGUCGCCUGGGGAUGGAGGGGUGGGGGUGAGACAGCAGGGAUUAUAAACUUGUCCCAGGGCAGUGGCUGCCUCAGAGUGACAGGAGAACAAGGGAACCAGUGAUGUGGACAAGGACAGGCCUGCAGCACGGCGAGCAGAAGCCAAGGUCUGGGAGUCCCGGGCCCCAGGCUCCUAAGGCCACUCUCGCCUCACCUCUCAACCCACCAAGGGCCCCUGGCCAAGGGCGUGGGUGGCUUGCCUUAAAAAUUUUGGAGACCUGAGCCUGGCUGGGUGGCCCUCUGGCUGGACUUUCCGCAAUCGCUGGAGCCCCGAGGCUCGCUGGGGACGGAUGGGCCACAGCGGUGGGGACCCGAUGGAGACCGAGGGCAGAGUCCGAAGCGGGUCACAGGUCUCUUAUGGCCCCCAGGCCUGUGUCACCUGCCGGGGUGAAACAGUCUCUGGGACCUGACGGUUGGGAGGAAGGGAGAUCGGCAUUCAAAAAACGCCAUUACCAUUUCUAGGUGACCUGAUCGAAUUUGGAAUUUCAUCCAGGAAGUAACUCUGAUUAGAUUUGCACCAAAGAGAUGGAAUUUGCAUAACCGAGCGGUUGAUUGGAUCUAGGGUUGAGGCCUCGUGUGUGUUUAAGGACUCAGACUACAAGCGCAAGGUCUUUUGAGUUCAAAUCUAGACUCUCAGAUUGACUCUCUUUGUGACGUCCAGCAAAUUACUUAACCUCUCUGAGCCUCAGUUUCUGCAUCGUGUGAUGACAACUAUAAAGUCCACCUCAUCGGACUGUGGCGAGGAUGCAAUGGGCUAAUUCAUGUAAAUUGCUUCCCUGCACAAUGGGGAAACUUGGGAAAUGAUUGUCUCGACGCCUGGAGCGCCUUGUAGGUAACGUAAUCUGUCCCUGUCCCGAGAGGUCUGGACUACGCAGGUGGCUGGAAGAUGGUGCCCUGGACUCCGCCCCGAGGGGCGUGGCCAACCAAAGGCGCGAAUCUGUGACCCUAGCGCUUCCGUACUGGCGCUAUAAGAGGCCGGGCCCUGCGCCCAGCAGCUCAGUGCUGGCUGCCCUUAGCCCUCGAAGUCGCAGGCCCUGGCCACAACGCUGGUUCCAUUCAUGGAUCCCACAAUUGAAGAUCUACUUCAACUAUCAGGCAAUAGCAAAGAGAUUUCCACGGACUCUUUCCUUCAGACAUUGGAGGAAAUUGAGGAGUGUCUCCAGGACUUCUCUGAGACACAUAAGGCAAGAACCCCAGCUGUACCAGAGCCACAGCUCUAUAUACCUCCGACUGCAUGUGGUGAGGACAGCCAACGGGAGUCAACCCAGAGCCAGGUAAUGACUUCCCUGAAGCCCACAAUGAUGAUUUCUGCUUGUUCUAGCAUCCCUGGGAUAGUCCUUGUCCAGUACUCAAUGCCACCCCCUGUUAAAGCCCUUGAUAUGCCCCUUGGAGACCUAAGUGAGAUUUUUCCCAUGGAGCAGGUGAUCUCCUUUGAUCAGAGAAAACCCACAGCAAAUUCCCAGAUGACAGAUGUCACUGACACCCCAAAGACAUCAUUCACGGAUUGCCAAAAGAUAACCAUCACUGCAAGCAAGAUGACGAUCCCCAAUGAAUGUAGCCAGAUGAAGACCCUCAGUGAUGACCAGACCCUCUUUGGAGGCCAGAUGACCUUCAGUGGGGACCAGAUCCUCACUGAGCACCAUACAGUGACUUCCGGUUGUGACCAGACCCUAAAUGGAAGAGAGAUGACAACCCUAUGUGAAGAGCAGAUACAUACCCUCAGUGAUGACCAGGUUCUCUAUAAAGGGCAGAUGAAGACCCUCAGUGGUGACCAGACCCUCUAUGGAGGCCAGAUGACCUUCAGUGGGGACCAGACCCUCUAUGGAGGCCAGAUGACCUUCAAUGGGGACCAGACCCUCUAUGGAGGCCAGAUGACCUUCAGUGGGGACCAGACCCUCUAUGGAGGCCAAAUGACCUUCAGUGGGGACCAGAUCCUUCAUGGGGGCCAGAUGAAAGCCCUCAAUGAUGACCAGAACUUCUAUAGCAGCCAGAUGACCUUCGUUGGGGACCAGACCCUCCAUGGGGGCCAGAUGAAAACCCUCAGUAAUGACCAGAACCUCGGUGGAAACCAGAUGACAGCUCUUAAAGGGGGCUUCACAAUGACCUUUGUUGGCAACCAGACCUUCACUGGCAGCCAGAUGACAACAUACAGUGGUGACCAGACCUUCUGUGGGGGCCAAGUGAUGACUUUCAGUUGUGACCAGACCCUCUAUGGGGGUCAGAUGAUGCCCCUUAAGAGGGACUAUAUGACAGCUUUCCCUGAUGACCACACUCUCUCUGGAGGCCAUAUGAUGCCACAUCAAUCGUCAUCAUUGCCAUACCCAGGAUUCCUGUACUUUUCAAAUUCCCAUUUGAUCCAAGGACAAUCUCUAGAAAAGCAGAAGUGGAACCUCAAGUCCCGGAGACAUCAGUUCCAGAAGAAUUCUGACAUUUUGAAGCCCUACGCCUGCACAUACCAGGACUGUGGGAAAUCGUAUACAAAGCCUUCCCACCUCCGAAUCCAUGAGCGCACACACACUGGGGAGAAGCCCUACGAAUGCAAUGUGAAGGGAUGCACGUGGAAAUUCUCCCGUUCGGAUGAGCUCAACAGACACAAGAGAAAGCACAGUGGGGAGCGACCCUACUGGUGUACUAAAUGCCACAGGACUUUUGCACGGUCUGAUCACUUAAAGCAGCAUGAAAGAGUUCAUAGAUGACUUUUGCCUGUGACUGUGAACCCAUCGGCCCAUGAGGAAAUGAGCACAGCUGAAAGAUUCUCCCUAUUGAGGCUCUGUUUGCUCAGCACCUAGCACUGUGCCAGCACAUAGUCAGUGCUUAAUAAUAAUUGUAAACUUUUAAGGUUUUCAUUUAUUUUUUUCUAAAACAUACAAGGAAUACAUGUAUGCAUUAUGGUAAAAUCAGAAGCACUCUUCACUCCCUCCUCUCUCCAGCAGUGUGCUAUGAAUCCUUCUAGAUCUUGCUCUGUGCAUUUAUCUCUGUGUGUACAUGUAAAAUGUAUAUAUGUAGACGAUUGAAAUGUAUACAUAGUUCAGAUGUGUAAAGAAUGUAGUAUUCUAUAUCUGAACUCAUGUUUGGAGCUCCAUUUCUAUGGGGGUUAAGAGAAGGGGGACCCUUGGUCACUUCCGGUAUUAAAUGGUCUCGGAAUAAA